AGAGAACUUAAGCACUAACAGGGAAAUGGCAUAGAAGUUGCUGUGGCUAUUGAGUUGGACAAGCUGGAUAUGAUGUCUAAAAAGUUGCUGGUGAGAAGGCAGGGCCCUAAGAGUAAUGCAGACACUGGUGUUGAUGCAGAGGCCCCAGCUGAUUUCUCAGAACAGAAUGCACUCUCUUCCCUCUCACCUCUUUCCCGACUGUACAUUUAUGGCUUGCAUGGCUGUCUAUGUGAGGUGGUGUUCACAGCAGCCUGGGACUUAUACUACACCCAUGACCAAAGACUUGCAGGCCAUACGAGCCUUUGGGCACUUCUUAUCUACAGCUCGGCCAUAUUCGUCAUGGAAGGUCUAAGUGCCAAGCUACAGAACAAACACUGCCCCCUACCUGUCAGGCUGAUUGUAUAUGCCCUCUUCAUUUACCUAUGGGAGUUUAGCUGGGGGUUUCUAUUGAGGCUGUUCAGGGCCUGUCCAUGGGACUACUCAGAAUUCAGGUAUAACUUCAUGGGUCUGAUAACGCUUGAGUAUGCCCUUCCCUGGGCCCUGGCGGGACUUAUAGCUGAAAAACAUGUUAUCAGGAACACUUUGAAGAUACGUCUAGAUAAGUUAUGAACAUAGUUAGAUAACAUUACCUAUUCUCUCACAGCCUAUGUACAGAGUCAUCUAUUGGACUGAAAAAUGAUAAUAAUUUUGUGUUUGUAUUGUGAUUGUGUUUUAAUUAUAUAAGAUGUGCUAUGGUAUGUGAUAAAGGCUGCAAUAGUAGAUGAAAGCACAUUUGUUCAGUUGGGAUGUUAAACUUAAACAAAUUACUAAUAUAUAUAUAUAUAUAUAUAUAUAUAUAUACACACACACAUAUAUAUAUAUAUAUAUGUGUGUGUGUGUGUAAUUUGCAUGUAGACUGCCACUAACACUAUAAAUAUGAAACACUGGACACACUACACAAGGUUCCACAUCACCUCUAUUUAGCUUUAAAACCUGCUCUGGUACUUCUGUAUUGACACUAAAAUGAUAUCUUAAGGCUCAGAUACACUCACUGCAAAGUUUUUCUUCGUUCUUCGCUCUGUGCUAGAAAGAGGGUCAAAACAGUCUAGCAACGGUAUACGAUUUAUGAACAUUUGGACACCGCCUGUGUUUAGAGAAGCAUUUAAAUACAGUAUGAAACGCAUGCUGUCCUGUUAACAGACAUGUAAAAUAUAAAUCAAUGUGACAUUAAAAAUCUUACUUUUAUGUGUUUUCAGUGACUACAUGGCUCAUUCUUUGAAAACAAUCCACAUGAGAUCAGAAAAAGAAGAUAUUUUAACCAUUAGAUGAUAUAUAGAAGAUAUAUGCAGAGUAUGACAUUCUGCAUUAAAGCCGCUAAUGCUAACAUGUUAAGCAUGGCAUUAAUAUGCACCGGUUACCCACGAUUAUAUUAUAUUAUUAUAUUUCUAGAUACAUUUUGUGAAAAAAAAUACACAUAAGGUGUACAGACAGAUGUUAAUGGGCAGACAACCACCGCAACAUACUCAAAAACAGCGGAUUUUGUUUGAAAUGGCAUCACACCAGUUCAUUCUUCAGUAGAAGUGUAUUGUUGCCUUCAGGAAACAGAUAAAUAGUCUCCGUGGUGAA